AUGGCUGGAAGGAAUGACGCUGCAAUGGCUGCCGCAAUGCAAGCGAUGGCACAAGCUGUGCAGAACUUGCCAAAUGCUGGUGGAGAUGCUGGAUCACGUAGCUUGGCGACUUUUCAAAGAGAGAAUCCGCCGGUGUUUAAAGGGAAGCAUGAUCCAGAUGCAGCCUUGGGAUGGUUGAAAGAGAUCGAGAGAAUCUUCCGUGUUAUGGAUUGUACUCCAGCUCAGAAGGUUCGGUAUGGUACUCACAUGCUAGCAGUCGAAGCUGAUGACUGGUGGCUAGAGACUUACGAGAGUUUGACCGUGGCAGGUGAAGUCAUUACUUGGGAUGUAUUCCGUAGGGAAUUCAUGAGAAAGUAUUAUCCGGAGGAUGUCCGUGGUAAGAAAGAAAUUGAGUUCCUUGAGCUGAAGCAAGGAAACUUGUCUGUCACUGAUUAUGCUGCAAAAUUUGUGGAGUUGUCCAAAUUUUAUCCUCAUUACACUGGUGCUGGUGCUGAAUUUUCAAAGUGCAUCAAGUUUGAGAACGAAGACAAUAAUGCUCAUUACAAGAUUGUCAGUGACCGUAGGGGCAAGCAACAUCAAAAUCGUGGCAAGCCGUAUGAUGCUCCAGUGGGAAAAGGGAAACAAGGAGCUGCUCCGGCUCAGAGGACUAGUAGGGGAGGUGCUCCUGCUGGUGUAGUUUGCUUCAAAUGUGGUCAGGCUGGUCAUAAGAGUAAUGUAUGCACUGCUGAAGUAAAGAGGUGUUUUCGUUGUGGUAAGACUGGCCAUGCAAUAGCUGAUUGCAAGCACAAGGAAAUGAUUUGUUUUAAUUGUGGCGAAGAAGGGCAUAUUGGAAGUCAGUGUCAGAAGCCAAAGAAAUCUCGAACUGGAAAGGUGUUCGCAUUGACCGGAACUCAAACCUCCAGUGAGGACAGACUUAUCCGAGGUACAUGUUUCAUAAAUGGUACUCCUUUAAUUACUAUUAUUGAUACCGGUGCUACACACUGUUUUAUUUCUGCUAACUGUGCUCGAAGACUGGGUUUAAAAUUGUCCGCUUUGGAUGGUGAAUUGAUUGUUGAGACCCCAGCUAAGGGAUCAAUAACUACUUCCUUGGUGUGUUUAAAUUGUCCUUUGUCGAUCUUCGAUAAAGAUUUCUAUGUUGAUUUAGUAUGUUUGCCGUUGGGUGGGAUGGAUGUAAUUCUUGGUAUGAACUGGUUGGAGUAUAAUUAUGUUCAUAUAAAAUGUCAUCAUAAGUCGGUAAGGUUUUCCACUCCUGAAGAGGAAGGAGUUGACUUAUUACCUUUCAGAGAAUUGCGAAAAUUGAUGAAAGAGGGAGCUCAGAUGUUUUCUUUGAUGGCGACGUUGUCGGUUGAGAGUAAAGCUAAGAUAGAGGAACUGUUAGUGGUGAAAGAAUUCCCUGAAGUUUUUCCUGAUGAAAUUCCUAGUGUGCCGCCAGAGAGGGAAGUUGAAUUUACUAUUGAUCUGGUGCCUGGUACUAGGCCUGUUUCGAUGGCACCGUAUAGAAUGUCGGCAUCUGAAUUGUGUGAAUUAAAGAAGCAAUUGGAAGACUUACUUGAGAAGAAGUUUAUAAGACCAAGUGUGUCACCGUGGGGAGCUCCAGUGUUGCUAGUAAAGAAGAAAGAUGGUAGU